GUUGCCGCUCGGCUCUCAGCCGGGGAAGGAGCUUUGGGACGCGCCGAGGAGUGGCGACUGCCGUGGCCGGGCGCGCGCUGUCUUUUUCUUUUCUUCUACUUUUUUUUUUUUUUUUCCCUUCCAGAGUUUUGGCUUCUUUCCUUUCCUCCUCCCCCUCGGAGCUGGUCUCUCCCCCCGCCCCGUUUCACCCCCACUUGCGUUCGCUAUUUGUUGCGGGGUGGCCGAAGGGAAUGUCCUGUUUCCACCAGAGACACGACGCAAAGGGGAAACUUCGACACUGGAAGGAGCGAGAAUAAGGACCUAAAGAGCGACGCACGGACGGAUCCUUGGCCGGGACCGACUCUUGAGCUUCGGGAUCCCGAGGCAGUCCGGGCGCAGGGAGGGAGAUAGUUCAUUUCCAAUUGAAGGGAGCUGCUUCUACUUGGGAGUGGCAGGAGACGUGGAAAACCACAUGGAAGACUCCCAGGAUUUAAAUGAACAAUCAGUAAAGAAAACGUGUACAGAAUCAGAUGUUUCAGAACCUCAGAAUUCCAGGUCUAUGGAAAUGCAGGACCUAGCAAGUCCUCAUCCUCUUGUUGGAGGUGGUGAAACUCCUGGUAGCGCCAAACUGGAGAAAGCUAAUCUCAGCAGCACAUCAGUCACAACAAAUGGGACAGGAGUGUCUCUCCUUGCAGUCAAAACAGAGCCUUUGAACAGCAGUGAAACCACAACCACGACUGGAGAUGGAGCGCUUGACACAUUUACUGGGUCAGUAAUAACAAGUAGUGGCUACAGCCCCAGAUCAGCACAUCAAUAUUCCCCACAACUAUAUCCUUCCAAGCCCUAUCCACACAUUCUUUCUACACCAGCAGCUCAAACAAUGUCUGCCUAUGCAGGCCAGACUCAGUAUUCGGGGAUGCAGCAGCCAGCUGUCUACACAGCCUACUCACAGACAGGACAACCCUACAGCCUGCCCACUUACGAUUUGGGCGUGAUGUUGCCAGGCAUCAAGACAGAGAGUGGACUUUCACAAACUCAGUCCCCAUUACAAAGUGGGUGCCUCAGUUACAGCCCGGGGUUCUCUACCCCACAGCCAGGCCAGACACCUUAUUCUUACCAGAUGCCAGGUUCCAGUUUUGCACCAUCAUCCACUAUUUAUGCAAAUAAUUCAGUUUCCAAUUCAACAAAUUUCAGCAGUUCACAACAGGAUUAUCCAUCCUAUACAGCCUUUGGCCAAAACCAGUAUGCACAGUAUUACUCAGCAUCAACUUAUGGAGCAUAUAUGACAUCAAAUAACACAGCUGAUGGCACAUCUUCCUCGACAUCAACCUAUCAGCUGCAGGAGUCUCUCCCAGCACUGACUAGCCAACCAGGUACAGAUCUUCAUCCAGGAGAGUUUGAUACUGUGCAGAGCCCCUCCACACCCAUCAAAGACCUUGAUGAGAGAACGUGUAGGAGUUCUGGGUCAAAAUCUAGAGGAAGAGGCCGGAAAAAUAAUCCCUCCCCACCCCCAGACAGUGAUCUUGAGCGUGUGUUUGUCUGGGACUUGGAUGAAACCAUCAUUGUAUUUCAUUCACUGCUUACAGGGUCUUAUGCCCAGAAGUACGGCAAGGACCCCCCCAUGGCUGUAACCCUUGGACUCCGAAUGGAGGAAAUGAUUUUUAAUCUUGCUGAUACACAUUUAUUUUUUAAUGAUUUAGAGGAGUGUGAUCAAGUUCAUAUAGAUGAUGUUUCCUCUGAUGAUAAUGGACAGGACUUAAGUACCUACAGUUUUGCAACUGAUGGCUUCCAUGCAGCUGCAAGUAGUGCAAACCUUUGUUUGCCAACAGGUGUAAGAGGAGGGGUUGACUGGAUGAGGAAAUUGGCUUUUCGUUACAGAAGAGUAAAAGAAUUAUACAACACCUACAAGAACAAUGUUGGAGGACUCCUUGGCCCUGCCAAGAGAGACGCGUGGCUGCAGUUAAGGGCAGAAAUUGAAGGUCUGACAGACUCCUGGCUAACAAAUGCACUUAAAUCUUUAUCAAUUAUUAGUACUAGGAGUAACUGCGUAAAUGUGUUGGUAACAACCACCCAGCUGAUUCCAGCACUCGCGAAGGUUCUACUCUAUAGUUUAGGAGGUGCUUUUCCCAUUGAGAAUAUUUACAGUGCAACUAAAAUAGGCAAGGAAAGCUGUUUUGAGCGUAUAGUGUCCAGAUUUGGCACUAACAUAACUUAUGUUGUGAUUGGAGAUGGCCGAGAUGAGGAGCAUGCCGCUAAUCAGCACAACAUGCCCUUUUGGAGGAUAUCAAGUCACUCAGACCUCUUGGCGCUACAUCAAGCACUGGAAUUAGAGUAUUUGUAACUGUGUUCUCUAGCUGGAGAUCCGUUUUUUUAUAUUUCAAGUACACUGAAUUUUUAUGUGUGAUUCAAUGCCUCUGGCUUUACACAUAUAAAUUGUCUUAAAGGAUGAAAUCAUAUUUGGAAUGAAAAUUCCAGAAUGAAGAAUUCAGAUUGCUGAGCGGAAUUAAACUUUAGUGCUACAGAAAGGAAGCUCUAUGGUCUUAUACUUACAACACUUUAAUGGUUUAAAAAAAAAAUCUGUGGAGGUUGCUGGUACACACCGAGUGAGUCCUAACUGGAAUUAACAGCUUUAACAAAGAAACCCUGGCAAAACACCGACGCAUGCUCCGUCUGACAACAUUCCUCAAAAUGAGAUCUUCUCAGCCCUGAGGUUUGAAUCUGACUUUAGCCUACCUAGCCCAGAAAAUCUGAAUUGGAAUGCACUCAGACUGUAUAAGAACAAUCCUAUCUAGACCUGUAAUUUGUGUAAAUUAUUGAUGAAAAUAAUUUACUGUGACUUUAUUAGCAGCUGACUUUGAAAGUGGAUGCAAUUUUUCUU